ACCACUUGUCGGAUUUUAGGUAAAUAAGCCUGAAUGCGUACACCGUCUUUCACAGAUCUGGAUAUACACCAAUAUACAAGAGUACAAAAUUGUUUUGUUUUCAUGAAAAUGUGCAGAAUCUUCAGUGGAUAAUGGUGCCUUGUUAAUAUAAAGUGUGAUUUGGAUUUCACGAUGCGGUUGUUCUCGGUUUACGAGUUCCAACGUUACUUACUGUGUACAGUAAUUGUAUAUCUUCAAGGAUGUCUUGCUAAAGUGUGUGACCUGUGUGACUGUUCUAUCAGUGACUUGGAUACAGAAGUACCAGGGGUGAGGAAUAUCAACACUCUCUGCAACGCGGGGAGCAUCGAAUGGAUCAGCCCUUAUGGAGCUUUACGUGUUGAACUAAGUUAUACGACUGGCGGACUGUAUGAAGCCUGCUUCAAAAUACAGACAGAAAAUGUGAAAAUUAAAGUGUCUCAAGAGUCGUGGAAGAACACUAAAUCUCAUUUUGCAGGCAGUCUGCCUCAGUCAUCAUUGCUCAAGCCAUUAUUUAGUGUCAAUGGCAGGACUAACGAGUAUUGCACGUAUUCGAACACUCCCGUCCUGCUAUAUUUAGAACCAGAGAGAACACAUGACAUGUCUGGAUUUCCUAGAAUGAAGUUAGAGUAUGUGUUAGAGAGAAAGACUCCGCAGCAUUUACAAAAUAGCCUGGAGGACUGUAGACCAUGUGAUACUGAAGAGCUAAUCAGGUCCUACUGCACCAGUGAUUUUGUCUUCAUUGGUGAAAUGGGACAAGUCAGAAACAGAGACGAGGAUGAAAAAUCGGAAGUAGAAUUUAAGGUGACACGCGUUGUCCGGAAGUUGGGCGCACUACACUUCCGGACCAAUACAGACAUUCAGCAGCAAUAUGGCAAAAUAGUAGUCCCGAAGAAGUGUCAAGUGAGAAAUGGACGAGGAAUUUUCCUCAUUACCGGCAGUGUCAGGUUUGGCGAACUGGCUAAGACCUGUUCUCCAUACUUGUCAGAUUGGGAAAAUAUCGCAAAUAUUGCUCUUCGCGAAGGCAGAAUGGAAUGUCCGCUAGUCCUGUGACGUGGUCAUAUGGACUCCAUACAUACAUUAUGCUAUAAUGAUCUCAGACAAUACAAAUGGCAUUGUGCAAUGCAUAGGAGUGAAAUAUAGUUCAAAAAGACAUUCGUGAAGAAUGCAAAGUCAAAAUAUACAAGGCGAAAAGGGACCACAUUUUGAUUCAUACCAUAUAAGGCUUCUGACUGUGAUACUGCGUAUUGGUGCAAUGGACCAACUACAACCUGUUUACUGCUUGAUGUAAACAUGUACAUGACUUAACAAAAAGAGAAAAGAAAACCCGACUUGUAACCGUCUAAAAGACAACUGAAAAUAAUCGCAAUUUCACUUCACAUAAUGACGAUCUCGUUUUUCUCUGUAAUGUGUUCAAAUCAUUGUCUAUAAAUGCUAAAUUCAUCCAUAAAACAGUGGCUUCUCGUUCAAAUAUGAAAAUUACACGUAUGGACUGAGAAAUCAGUGUUGUUUGCUUAUGACAUUUUCAGUAUUAUACAUGAACUUUGAAAAAAAGGUUAAUUGUUUACAUUCCACAUUGUGCUGAUAUCUAUUGUUAAAAUUUUGUUAUAUUGUUUUAAAGGAGAAAUAAAAUUAUUAAAAAUA